UUUUGACAAUCACCAUCAUUAAAACUGCCAUUGUUCGUUUUGUGUCAUGUAUGAUCGAAAAAUCACAAAUCACAUAAAUUCAUUGUACAAUCAGUAAAAUUUGUGUCUGUAGUUCCAAAAAGGUCACGAAAUGUAUAAGAAAUAUAACAAACACAGUGAUGUUAUCAAUCAAAAUGCUACCGUUAAGAGAAAGCAUAAAUUAUGUAAGAGGGAUGAACAAUUUUCAACAACAGCUAAUGCGGAAAAUGAAAAACCUCACAAAGGCAUUUUGAUAGAUCAUGGCGAUUGCGACGGCAAACAUUCUUCUCAUUACAAACAUCACAAUACCCAUAAAAGCGAUGAAAGGCAUCAUCAUCAAAGUAGACAUAGAAGUGCUGAAGAAAAACAUAAAGAACGAAGCAAACACGACAAAACUCACUCACCAGUAAUAUAUCAGCAUCGAAAUGAAAACGUCGAACAAGCGUCCAAAGCAAUGGAAGAUUAUUUGAGUAAAAAGGACAACUGCAGAAAAAGACAUCGAUCUGCUCAUUCCACAGAUAACCCUUACAAUCCUUUUUCUAAAAAAUACGAAACGGUACACAAAUCAAACACAUUUAUCGUUGACACAAAACGCUCUAACAAAACUGCAGAAAAAAAAGACAAAAACAAGGAUAAAGACAGAAUCUCUAGGCAAAGAUCGAAAAGCGGAAAGAAAGAUAUAAACAAAGAGAAAGUAUCCCAAAUUUGGUACUGUCAAGUAGAAACUAACAGUCCUUUCAAGCAACACAAAAAAGAAUUCAAUAAAUCCGAAGAAACGAAACACAAAAAGCACAAGAGCUUGAAAGAAUCGACCACCUCCACCCACGGGCGGAAUAAAUCCCCAGAUAAACAAGUACUUAACGCUUUAUCGCCUAGUAUACAUAAAUCAAGAAUCCAUCAUUUCAAAGAUCCGACUUUGAAUACGAUAAUUAAACCAAAAGCUGACAGAAGUUUGGACCGUACACCUAAACUUGAACAAAUCCGACCUAAAUCGCAUAAAAAAGCCGAAAAAUCCUGUCAAGAACGCCCGGUCAAUAAAAAAAUACAACACAAAGUAGAACCUAGCCAAUCCGCUGUGAACGUCGACCAAAAAAUCGAAGACGGCUUGAAAAUGUAUUUCAUGAAACUACAAAACAUAAUAGAUAAAAAAUUCGAAGCAAUUCUGCCCACCAAAGAAGAACAGACCGAGAACAAAAAGGAAAGAAAAAAACAUUGCCACAAAAGCAACAAAAACGAAGUUGUCGAUUCCAGACAAAAAGAAAAAGAGGAAAUUCGAGUAUUGAAAGAAAGAUAUCGAAAUAUACCACAUAAUAGAAAAGAAACCGAUAAUAAUCCUUUCAUAGAUCACAACGGAAUAGCUGUACAUAAAGAGAAUUUCGAAAAGUCGCACAAAUUUACUCCAGACAUACCAAAAACUCACCAGAAACAACGAAGACACCACAGCCAUCCAGACAAUUUAAAACCCAAAUAUGACCAUCAUCACGAAAUAUUCUGCGAAGGGCAUAGUACUAACGCAGAAAUACAAACAACCGUGUAUGACUCAAAACUAGAUAAACACACAGCAACUGUAAAGAAACGAGACAAAUUCGCAGCUACAAGACAAUCAACACCCGAAGAAGAGCUUCAAUAUAGAACCAUUAUAAGAGACAUGAUGAAUGGUAAUGUGAUUAGCAAUCCCUCAACAUCUGUUACGUAUGUCAAACCUCCGGUACCUGUAGACAGAAAUCUCAAUCUCUACUAUUACGAUAAAAGCUCGUCAAAAUACAUCGACCUAUACAACGAAAACUCCAAAGAAGAAAGAUACCAAUAUAAAGAUAAGGAAAAUCAUUUUUGGGUUGAAGGUGUAGAACCCGCCAAAAGAGAUACACUGCAAAAAACGCGAAAAAGGAAGCUAACACCUAAUUUACAAAGUAAAAUAGUUUCGAUAAUUGGAAUACCUUCGCAAACGAAAGAUCACCACUCAUGUAACUUUUAUCAUGAAAAACAUCCAGUCCCGUUGGAAGAUCUGUUGCAGAAUAGAAACAAAAUGAAAAGAUUGAAACUAUACUAUAAAUAUUUACAAGAAAAUAAUCAGAGCUCUCCUUCGGGAAGCGAUAGUGGAAGAAACCAUGUACCUAGCGAGAGCUGUAAGGUGCUAUCUGAUCGAUCUGAGCCAGCUGAAUAUCUUCCUGCAAGUAGAGAUAAACCAAUUCUACCAACAACUACUUCAAACGAUAAGAAUACCUUACAAGACAAACACGAAGAUAAUACAUUUAUUAAUAUUAAAUUGGAUGACUACCAUUUCUAUCUUAAAGAAAAUAAUAAGAAAGAUCAAUCGAAAUAUCUGACUACUAGUAAAAAAAAUUCUAUAGAUUGUCAAAAGCCAAACAAAGACAAAAAACGACCACAAUAUGUUCAACGUAAAAUCAAAAAGCAGAUUGUAAACGAAGUAAUUCUUAAUGCAAAAUCUGACACAGAUAUAUCGUAUAGCUCUUUAACAGUCAAAAGUCUGAAUUUCCCGCGUCAGCUGAAAACUAAGAAACCAGAUAAUAUUGCGAUUCCACAAAACCAAACAAAAACUAACAUAGACAUAGAAGAUAUAACGGUAAAAGAAUUUUACAACAACAUCGAUUAUUUUAAAAAGAAUUUUGAGAAACAGACCUCGGAAGAUUACGUUUCAAACUUCCAAGUGCUACAAUUCUUGGAAAACAUGCAUCAGCUAUACAUGACAAAUCAACAAAAAGCUGGUCCACAACUCCAAGAUAAAAGCAUCGAAGUACAACGGCUGAUGACUGAAGAUAUACAUAGAGGACCCGUUGCAAAAGAAACGAACGAAAUAAACAUAAAUACAGACGAAGAUAUGUUGCACAAGGAAGAGUCUACGCAUAAAUCAAACUUACUUGUGAACAAAUCUGUUGAAGCUUGUCAGCACUUACAAGAAUCUAAAACAUUUAAACCAUCCAAUCCAAAAAUAGACAGAAUGACAUCCUACCAAGAAAUCCUUGGAAAUAAACAUGAAAAUAUUAGUAAUUACGAAGAAGUUCAAGAAUACCAACAGACAGAAGACUUUAUCUAUCCCAACAGAGAAUUAACUUCUAGGGAAGUAGGCGAUGAAAGUAUAUUCCCUAUCGAGGAAGAGGUCUCUGCUAAAUCGGUAGCAGUACAACAAAGCUAUUUUCAAAUACCAUCAAGAAGUUCGAAUGUAACAGAUACAGAAACAUCAACAGUUCACCAGUCAAAAAAUUACGAAGCAAAAAAAUGUAUAGGUACUUCUGUUGUUGGAGAGUCAAAUGGUGAUACUAAAAAUCCACCAUCUCUCAUAGAUUCAAUAUCUGAAAUCGGCGAUGUAAAAGUUAAAAACGUUGACGUAGAAGUUAGAGAUACCUACCUAGGAAAAAUCCCAAAACGAAAUUUAAAAUCUCUAAAAAUUCCAAGAGCAAAUAUUAAUCCUUUAAAGAUAUCUACUCCAAAUGUGCCCAAAACACCGCCAACAAAAGAUAUCCCUGAAAUAUUGGAGCAAGUUAAACCUUCCAUAAUACCACUCUUGAAGACAAGAACCAAAAAAACGCACGAUAACCUUCCUAAAAAAGAAGAUAAUGGAUUACCACCGACACCCACAUCGCCGACGAAAUUAGAAGAUACAUAUAAAUCAAAAUAUAUAAACCAGUCAAAAGAUGAUCUUCUUGGUAAAAAGAAAAAAAGAAGACCUCAAAGCGCAACAUCAGCAGUUGAAAAAGCUGCUGAAGAAGCACUGGAAUCAAGUGAUAUUUUCAAACUCAAAAAAUCGCAGUCGGAAAUCAAUUUUGAUCAAAUCGAUUUGAUUAGAGAAGAAAGUAAAAUAACCAGUUUGGUUUGCUUGGAAAGCUAUGAAAAUGGGUUACCAACUGGCGAAGGUUCUUGCAAAGCUCAUUCAUUAGAUCGAUACUUGUUGUCUAAUAAACCUAUUAUAAACGAGCAAGCUCACAACAGCACUCUUAUGAUAACCAAAGAUUAUCGUAGUUCGGAUGUAAGCUCUUAUCAGAAGAGAAAAAAAUACGAUGAAGUCAUUAGGAAGAAGAUGAAAAAGAGGAUGAGUUUGCAGGAAAAGCAAUUGAGUCGCAUCUUCGAAGUCAGGUAUCUAACUUUGGACGACAAUACCAAAAACGUUUUCUCCAACCAACCGGAGACCUUAGAAAGAAUACCAGAAUCUGAAGAAUGUUUAAAUAGACGAAAGGCGGAGGAGAAAUUUAUUAAAGUUACAAACAGGAAGUAUGAAAAGUUUUUGAAUUCGUUCAAAAAGGAUUUGGACAGUCCUUAUUCCGAUUUGUGUGAAUUUUUGAGUAAAAUACCAGAAUCUCAAGGCUCGCAUCGACAUACGUUCAAUUCCAAAAACAAAUGCAAACAUUGUGAUACCGGUAAGAACUUUAUGAAUUUCGUUAAUUAUUUGUGUAAUUCAUUAAAAUCGAAAUGCAGUUCUACCAAAUCCACCGAGGAGGACUCUGUAAAAUCUGGCCCUACGACGAAGAUGCGUAAAAAUAGAUCCGAUACUAAAAAGUCUAUUUCAAGAAAAAAGAAACUGUCCAAUAUUCGAAAGACCGGUGAUACAACUUCUUCGUGCUAUGACGACAUAGAAGAUAACUACCAAUUUCCUUUGAAUACAAAAAUUAGUAACGAACACAUGAGUUGUCCAGUUUUGAAGACCUCAGAUUCAUCGUUCGAUUUUCUUUAUCAAGAAGAAACUAAUUCAUCUGAUGAGGUACCGAAAAGGCCUGUCAAUUCUAUUUUGGGAUUUUCUCUUAACAGCGAGAUCACAUUGACUAAAAAUAAUCAAGCAGGUUUAGAAUCACCUUGCUCAGAAACCAGUGGUUAUGCUAGCAGCAGAUCAAAACACAGUUUUUCGUUAUUAAACUUUUUCAAAAAACCAAAAAUGGCAGCUUUGCUUAAACCACAAAUAGCAGAAGGUAUGUUUGGCGGUAGAGAAGUUACAUCUUAUAAUAAUAAAAUGAUGCAAGAAUGUAGAAAUUAUGCCCAGAAAGUAAAAGAAGAAAGUGAGUUGAAGCUUGAUAUUAACGAUGAACCUUAUGAAGAAAUUCCUUUGGAUGUGCUACUUAAAAAAUCCAAUUCAGAUUCUAGUGGCUUCGAAAACAGCAUCUGUAACUUAAAUGUUGGUUACAGUCAAAGCUUGCCUUGUAGUGCUAUGUUCCAUGAACCGAUAGAACCUAAGAAAUUUGCUAGCGACACAAAUUUACUUAACUGCGACAAGCCUACAGAUUUUGUUCAGAUAUCACUCGACGUAGCUCAAGAUCCUCAAACGUUUCAAUCUCAGAACACUGCGAUUGAUUUACUUUUGCAACAAGACUCUGAUGAUCAAUACUCAUUGCUCGAAAAAAUGAUAGAUUCUGAAAUUUAUUUGACCAACUUAAGUUCUUGCAGCAUAAUGUUAGUUGAAUCACUCGAAUCGAUUCAAAGUAAUCAAAAGAAAGCGUUCAAAGAUGGAACGCACUGUUCUGCGGAAAUUAAGAGGCUGAUCGCGAAAAAGUUUUUCGAAAAUAUUUUAGAGAUGUACGAAAACGAAGCUGCUAUCAGUUCAGCCCUCUUUGAAGAUGACGAAUUUGUGGAAAAAAAGUUAAUGGCUUUUGUCAGAGAUAAGAGAAGGGAAAAAAAGAAGACUAUAGGAUGUAGGUUUAAAAAAGUCUGGAAGAAAGCUUUUUCUCGUAAGGAAAAAUUCGUCGUUGAAGAGGUGUUUACUUCCCAGAAUAUUGAAAAGCCAGAACUAGUGGAAAAUGAAUACCAGAAAAAAUUACAAGCUCUCGCACACAGUGCACGCAGGUAUUUUUCAAGUUUGGUGCAAGCUGUAGCGGUAAAUAAUAAAAUGGAUGAUGAAAUGAAAAUGUACGGCAUUUUAAGAUUGUUGGAGGCCAUAGAAAAGGGUCAAUUUAUGUUUUUAAGGAAAUUUGCUUCAUCCCAGCAAAAAGAAGACAUUGAAAGAGAAAUAAAAGAUCAAGUAUGGCAGACGUUCACUGACGUAUAUUCGUCUGCAAAUAAUGAAGCUGAUAAGUGUCGAAGAAAACUGUCUAAUAAUGAUGCAAAGCUCAUGGCUGCUUUUGUUUGUAAAUACAGAAUGGGUUUGUUGUCUAGAACCGAUAUUGUGGCAUCGUAUUUGGGAAAAGGAUUUUUCCAAGAUGAAAAUCAGCUGAAAGCUGCAGUAACAUUUUUACUGAAGACUACAAAUGAUGUCAAUCUUCAAGAAUUUGAAGACUAUUGUGGAAAACAUUGAAUAUUGUUAAUAAAUAAAACAGUAAUGUGUAAUAAUUUUUUAUUUAACUAUUAUAAAAAUAAAAGCAAAUUACCU